GUCAAAGGCAGAACACGCUGCUGAUCUUUAACUGUGAUUUGUUGACAUUGGUACAUACAAUUCCUUUGUGGUUUCUAAAGGCAUGGAGAAAGACGUCUUGUAUUUGUGUUAGAUAUUUCGCCCAAACUGCAUUGCUGAGCCAAGUGUACACUUAGGUUUUCACACCUGUCAUUAUGUGAGCAUUACAAGACAUCAGGGAAUUCCUGCAUGUUGUUCACUGGGAUGGAGUUUGAAGGUGGACAAUUUGGGCCUGUUGCCCUGGCAUUUUUGUUAUCUGCAAAUCAUCCUGAGUCAGUAAGCUUUGUUACCUGUGCCAGUUGUAGUGCUCUAUAGUAAGAGUGUUUACAGCUUUAUUUUGACAGAAAUUCUUCUACCUGACUAGAGAUGAGAAAUAGUAAGAUAUACAUGUACAAGUGUAAAAGUUAUAGCUGGUGAACUGUGGGACAGCACACUAUUCAGUCAUUUAGGGACACUGCUGAUUUGGGCUCUGUAAGAGAGACUGUUUGUAGUCCAGCCCAGGGCCAGUAGCAAGUAAUGCUGCCUAAUUCUGCUGGGGAUGCCUAGCUGGAAGCUUUAAUGUAGCAAUUUAAAUAACACAGGGCAAUCCAGCCAGGUGUGACCUAAUAGACCUAGGGGUGGUAGAGCUACAACAGCCAACACAUCACUCAUCUUGAAACCUGUGUAGAUGUUACAGACUGGUAAUUUUGUCACAGGCAAAUAUGCUGUAAUUAUUGUUAAGUGAUGCUAUUAUGGCAGGGUAUCAAAUGAAUGCUAAUUCCUCAGGAAGAACUGAUGCAGGUGAUUAGGAUGCAGUUGCCACGGAUAGCCUGGCUUAAUGUAUGGACUCCUACUUUUCAAGCUUCCAAGAUCGUCAUCACCAUCUUAAAUAAUGCAAAAAGCCCCUCAACCAGAACUUUUGAUGAGAUAUCAAGUAUGUUGGAGAAAUUCAAGUCAUAAGGCUGUAAGGAUGCUAAGGAGAAGGUUGGUAGUGUUUUUUUGUGGAGGUGUCACGUUGCAUGGACACAGUGGAUUAAUACAGUUGGACGUGAUUUGACCUUACAAUGCAUAUUCUCUGGACACAGGUUUGGACAAAUUACCAGCAUCUUUUGAUGCCUUGAUGCAGAAGUCAUUACUGUAACAAAUACGGGAUUUUAGUAUUGUUGUGGAUAAACUGAAAAGGAAUAUUAUUAUAAACAGAUAGGAACAGGGACUGGCUUUUCAAAGCAAAUGCAAAUACUAGUCUUUUAAGUGACAGUAUAUGCAGUUAAUAUUUCCAAAAUAGAGAAGACAAUAUGCCUUUCACUGAUGUUUGGUGAGAAAAGUAUCAAGAAGAAGAAUUAUAAAAAAGGAACUUCAAGGAUUAUUUGGACCUGUUGAAUAUUUAUUUAUACAUUCCAAGGUGUAGUCCAAAUGUUGACAAAUGGCUAUAUUACUCUCUGGGACUGGGGAAAAAUAAGAGAGGAAUUUUUUUUUCCCUUUGAGGAUUGAAAAGUCUAUUUAAAACAGACUGUAGACAUAUGCAUUGUCCUGUAAGUUAUAUACCUCAGUGGUGUUGACAGAUUACCAAGUUUUCCCUGCAGGAUUGUAUUGUACAGGUAUUUUACAGGUAGUAUGACCACAAGGCAGUGAUUUGCCUAGACCCAUUUUCCAACACCUCACAGCAAGCUGUUACAGCAUGUAUGGAAAUAAUGAAGCGUCUGGGCCUUAAUUGAACAGUCAUCACACCAGUCUUAUUGAUGCUAAACAUUCUGUGGAAACAUAUAGGAUCACUUUGAUAAUGAAACAAAGGCAAUUUUCCCCUUUUCUCUAUUGACUGAGACUUGCUAGAAACCUGUUUGUAGGGGUUGUUUUGUAUGGAGUAAGCAGUCUCUGACUUUUACAAUGGCUCACAGGAAAAGUCAUAAGAAUAAAAGACAGGUGUUUGACAGGUUACCAAUGUCCUCCUUGCCCCAUAUUAGAGGGGACAUCCACAGGGGCAGGAGACCAGGUGUCCCUCUUUUCCAUUCUCCAAAUAGACCAGCUCAAGAUAUGGGGUACCAGCAAAUUCCAAAUGGACACCAUGAUCAUCACAGGAAUGGUGGGGACAGGGGAAGAUACAUGCAGAGAUCUAUGAGUGUUUCUGCAGCUAGAUCGCGUUCUAUGGAACGUCUGUUUGGGCCAGCUUAUGUUGGUCCACCCCAGCUCAGCCUGCCUCCUGAUGCAUGCGAAAUUGCUUACGACGACAGGCCCAUAUCUGCUGGUGCAUGGAGUCAGCAAGGACGGCGAGAGAAGUUGCAUAGGUCGAUAUCUGAGAUGGAUACUCCUUCCUUGCAGUACUAUCAUCAGCACCAACAGCAGCCACUAGGACAUGGGUCAUAUAUUAGCAAUGGAUCAGUAGUUAACAGACUCAACGCUCAGCAUCCACGAAGGCCUCUCCUUAAGCAGAUGAGCGUAGACUCUGCGCAGCAAGGUUUUUUCACUCAGAGUACAUCCUUUAGUGACCAGCCUCCUAAUGGAUCUCGAUUACCAAGUCACUCAAAAAACAAGGCGACAAAAGUCCAGGUACAAGACAGAGCAUAUAACAGUUCCUCGGGGGAGAUAAUUGGAAAGCUCAGGAGAAGCAGAAGUGUAGAAUCAGUGGAUUCAAUUGGAGGACGUGCUCGCAUUCAGCAUGACCCCUGUAAAAAACUUAAUGGUUCUCAGCAGACUAGGCAAAAUACUCAUAAGACAUGCGACAAUGCAAAUUUGCAUGAGUUAGAUAUUGCAGGCACAGGCAACCACAUUUCUAACCAGACAGUGGAGAGGGAAAAUGCAAACCAAUUGCCGCAGGGAAGGAUGAUGAUAGCUGAAAGGGAGACGCGACCACAUCAGCUGCAGACAACGGCAACACACUGGAGGAAUGACAACCUGACGUCACAUCCACACUUCAAUGGUGCUAAUGGCAAACCAGCCGAGGGGGCUUGGCCUCAGCAGAUUAAUCACGAAAAUAAGAGCAUCUCACCUGUGGGGACGAAUACAUUAACUUUUAAUGGGCUUGACAGUCAUUCUAAUUUGUUGGAUCAGCAAGGCAGUGGAGACACAAAGAAAGAUGAAGCAGGUACUGCUCAGUCUGUUGUUCUAAGAAGGCAAAAGAGUGCUGAAGAAAACACUGAUCAAAAGACAGGGGGUGGUCGUAAAAAAGUUCCUCCACCUCCACCUAAACGUUCAAGUUCUAUAAAUUUGGAAUCUGUGACUGAAGAACAGGAUAUAAACAUGAGGUAUCCUUCAAACAGUCAGACAGGCUUUGGCGGGAAUAUGGCUCCUAAGAUUCAACCUGGCGGAAGAAGCCAUAACCCUGCCCCUAGUGCAGGGGGAUUUUAUAAUGGUGGUCAUCAUGGACAGGACUUGAAUAGUGAAUACUUUCCUGCCCCUGAUACAAAGGGGUUUUACUACGAUUCUCGUACCCUGCCUAGAAAUAUGAAACUGUCAGCUAAACAACGUGAGAAACUGUCUUUACUAAAACAGCAGCAGCAAGAACAAUUACAAUUACAACAACAACAGAGACAACAAAUGGAGGCUGCCUCAGGUAGACCACUUAGGAAAAAUUCUUACUUUGCCAGCACCCCAGAUUUAUUGGAGGCAUCUGGCAGUGUCAGUCCUCAAGGACAUUUUGGUGUACCUGUAGCUCAGCACAGCCAGGCAGGGCCAACCAGCCCUCCUCCUCUGAACAUCAGUCAUACCCCUAUCUUCAGGAAUCCACCAAUCUUUGAAGACGAUGAUUUUGAUGAACCCAUUAAAGACUAUACUACUGUGUCUGCUAGUUUACCCAGGGGUUAUAAGUCAAAGAAGUUCUCCCUCAGUUUAAAGAAAAAAGACAAACCACCUAAAAUAUCCGAGGGUAGCACACAGUUCUUAAAUGGUCACACGCCUCAAAACAAUACCAGGCCUGUUUUACUAAGGCAGAGCUCUGACAGUGCAUUUCUUCAGGCACGUCAAAGGUUCAAGAGCGAGCCAGAUCUGUUAACUGUGAAUGAAAAUCAGUGGAAUGAUCCGCGUACACAAUUUGCUGGAGAGCCCUAUGAUGGGAAUGGAUUUUGGAGAAGUGAUGCUGGACCCAAGGUUGUUGUGUUACAGAAGGGCCCCAGUGGCUUCGGAUUUGUGUUGAGGGGAGCAAGAUCCCAUGAUGAGCAGGCAGGCAGUCUUGAGUUCCGGCCCAGCCCAGACUUCCCUGCCCUGCAGUACUUGGACAGGGUGGACCCCGGGGGCAUGGCACAUAGAGCUGGACUCAAAUCUGGAGAUUUUCUUAUUGAGAUCAACAAUGUGAAUGUAGUGCAAGCGACUCAUGAGGCAGCAGUACGCCUCAUCAAGGAGUCUGGGAGUACCUUGGCGCUGAAAGUGGUCCGAGUGUCAACUCCCCUCGAGCUCCGCCAUGCGAGAACACCCCAGCCUGAGCGACGAGAUGCACGUCCUGAGACAGUGGCAGGAACAUUCCCUAGAAAGAAAGCCCCUCCACCUCCGAAGAGGGACCCGCGAACGAGUUUGAGUACAGGUCGCUCAAAGGCUAAAUCGAUGAUGGAAGGACUGGCCGUCAUUGAAACUCUGGAAGACCUCGACCAGGCAAUAGCAGAAUAUGACUCAACAUCUGAGGGGCGGUCAGAAAAAUCCAGUCCAACAGGGUCUACUAACAGCCAGCAGAUCCUUGCCAAGGCUGCUGCAGCAGAGGCCACGCUGAGGCAGGACAAGACAGCAUCUAUCCGCUCCAGACCCUCUUCUAGGAGGAUAAGUGCUGUGGAGUUACAGGAGAUUUUCACACGACAGGGUUCCUCCCCUGGGGAUGUUUUGAUAGACACUGACCGAAGUGCUUCAAACUUAGCCAAGCCAAAGGUACCUGUACCAAAAACUUACGCUAACACUUCAGAGCUGAAGGCAAAAAUCCGGCACAGGAAGCCAGCUGACUUAACCAAAUCUAGGAGCACCCCAGAUUUGACACAGUUGGACGAUAAUGAUAGAAUUGGUGCUCUGACUUUGGAUGGCAAAGGCUCCCUUAGUAGAGUAGAUGUUUCACCUUAUGCAACAUCAAAUGUUCAGAGACAGCAAGCUUUGGCUGCAGAAAAAUCAGCUCACUUGCACCAGGUGGCGCAUAAUGACUCAGAGGACUCAGGACAUAGUACUUCUAGUAGUGCAAGAUGGAGCCCUAAGUCAGAAGACAGGGCGUCAGGCACCAUAUAUGCAGAACCUUAUUUACAUGCUCACAACCGACCCCAGUCUUCCACACAAGAUAAUUACAGGCACGCCCCUCCUUCAACAGCCCCUCCCCCCAGGCCCAUGACCAUGGCCGUAGGAGGGCAGCCUGCACAUUACUUUGGGGAGAUUCCCCCACCACCUAAUCAUCCUCCUCCCACUCCACCCAAGUUCAAACAUAGAGUUCCCGAACCGCCUCCGAGUCAGAUGGUGAAAAUUAACACCAGGGAGAAUAUUUAUGCAAAUGUUUCACAAGAGAUCCAGAAAUCCAAAGCUGCAGGGGCGAACAAGACUCCUCCAGUUGAAUCAAGUUUUAGACCAGGAAAUUAUGCAAGGCUCAAAGACCCUGAGACUGUAACCAAGCAGCAAAUUCAGUCACACAUGGAGAGUAUUGUGGGUAGUGUGACCUCUGUGAAACAGGUGAUGAGGCAAGUGUCGGCUCCCGUCCCGCCAGUGGUAGGUGCAGACAUUCACAGAGAGACAUCGCCACCUCCUAAUGAACCCGAGCCUGAUUAUGAUACAGAAGAUGUGAACAAGACAGAAAGAGACUUACAAAGGCAAUAUGAUGUGAACAAUGUUGUUCCUCCACCUCCUCCGUCAUAUGCUCCACCUGAGCCUCCAGCACAGCACCCAAGAUCAAGGGAGCCCACGCCACAGAUGGAUAGGAGAGAGACUAGAAACACCCCUCCCAUGAAAAGGAUUGAGAAAGUAGAGAAAGGAGAGAAAGCGCCAACUAAAGCAGCACCGCCACCACCAGCUUCUGCUCCGCCUCCUCCUCCUCCAGCUUCUGCUCCGCCUGCUCCACCACCCCCACCUCCAGCAAGUGCACCACCACCUGCACCCCCUCCUCCACCCCCUCUUGGUGCACAGCCACAGACAACAGGCUCCGUGGCAAAGGCACCACAACACAAACAACAACAACCUCCCAAGGCCUCCCCAGCAACAGAGAGACCAACCAUACAAGCACAUGAUCUCAUGGCUGCUUUACAAAAACGUCAGAGUCGCAUGGCAACUGCAGAUGCUUCUGCUGCUAAGCAAGAACAGAGUAUAGAACAAAAGAUACAACAGAACAAAAGCAAACAGCAAAAAAGCAGCGUGGAUCAUUUAGAUGUCCUAAGUGCUGCAGUGGCUAAGAGAAGGGAGAUGGUUCAGCAGAGGAGUGGAGAAGACAUAGCUGAUAGCAUAGAGAAAAGACUAGCCAAGAACAAGAAGGUACAGAUGGCUUUUGGUAGACCUCUGCCAGAUGAUAAAAAGGAGCAGCAACAAGAAAAGAAGCCUGACUUGAACAAACAACCAAGUAAACCUGCCACAGAAACACAAAAGGUGCCUGAGAAGAAGGUGGAAGCCAAGCAGCCACCUCCCCCCACUGCUGCAAAGCCACAGUUGAAAAUUGAUACCAGUAAACCUGAGGAGGCCACCCUUAAGGAACCCACAGACCCGAAGAACAGUGGUCCUUACAGUCCUCGCAAGAGCAUGAUGGUAGAGGAGACGGAAACAGUUCAGCUGUCUCCACCACCCCACGUCAUGGCGGCAGCAGCAGCAGUAGGCGCUAAAGAGCAAGAUAAAGAAGAUGAAGUGAUCGCAGUGACAACAUCUGUCUCUUCAAAUGGCAGUGUGAAACACGACAUUGAAAUGGCUCCUCCAACACAGCCUAAGCCAGCUGUGAAAGUUCCACCUCCAGUUGCUUCAAAACCAAACAGACCAUCCCCUGAAAGAGUGAUAGAGAAGAAGACAGAGAAGCCGCAGAGUCCUGUUACAGAGGAAGCAAAGCAACCGGCCCUGGAUAUGUCUAUCAAAUCAGUAGACACACAAAAGGCGGAGACCAAUUUCCUUGCUAUGGCAGAAAAAGCUAGGCAAAAGUAUCUUCUUCAGAGAAAAUCCCAGGAGAAACAUAAGCCUGAUGCAAAGAAAGUAAAUGAUAUGGCUAAAAAUGAAAAUAAUAACAAUAAUUCUGCUGCUCCAAGCAAUAUCACCAAGCAAUCUUUGAGAAAUUCACAAUCUCCUAGAAAUUCCCAGGAGAGGGAAAAUAAAAGAAGCAGUGGUAAUUUUGAUCCUGGUCAAAUACUACAACCUCCUUCUUUGCGACCAGUGAAAAAACCAGGCACUCCAAAAUCGACCACCAUCUUCAUAUUUGGUGCCACAGAUAAUGAAUCCACUGAUUUAAAAUCACCAGAAAAAGAGCAGGCAUCACCAGUCAAAGAAAAACCUGCAGAAAAAGUGGUUGAGGAACCACAAAGCAAUUUUGUCUUUGAAGAAGCCCUUCCUCCACCUGUGCUAGACAAUGGUGAUGAUAAAAGUGGAGAAGAUAGCUCCACAAAAUUAGACAAAUUUGAUGGAGAUUCAUUGUUAAAUGGCCAGUCUUUUACAUCUAGUGACAAUGUCUCUUCGACAGACAUGGAAAUUGAUAGCAUGACAACCAUUGAGGUUAUUCCACCACCUCCAUCAUUUAGUGGUAGCGACACAGCUCUUAAUGUCUCAAGUGGUAAAGGUUCCUCAACUCAUGCAUUUGAAGAUAAUGCAAGCUUGUUGUCGUCUGGCUCCACUAUGUCUUCGCUAUCAGAUAGAGAUUUUGCUCCGUAUGAAAGUCCACGUCCUGGGCGAGGUGGUAUUGACUUGUCCCUGGAGCCCACUAUUCCAGAAGUAUUUGACGAUGACCUAAUUGUGAUGCCACCACCGCCACCACAAUUCACUGACACCACUGAAUCAGUAGUGGUGCCACCUCCAGCAGAGUUCAGCUCCUCUGACAGCACAGAGGCGUACGUGGCCAGUCUCCCCCCACCUGUUAUGCAGGAGAGAAAACCGAUGGGUCCCCUGAGACCUUUUGAAAUUAAGUCCAUCACUGAUUGGACGUGUGAUGAUGUCUCUGAUUGGCUGGAUGAUUUGAAGCUGUCAGAAUACAAGACUAUAUUUGUGGAGAAUGACAUUGAUGGGCAGAAUCUUGCUACGUUAACCAGGAAUGAUUUUCUGGAAUUGGGAGUCAGUAGAGUUGGUCACCGCAUGAACAUGGAGCGGGCGAUUAAGAAGGCUGUGGCAAACAGUAAUAUUGUGUAAUUCUUAAUCUCUUGUAUAUCACAAUAUUAUUCUAGUAAAAAGGGUUAAAUGAUUCAGCUGAUGGAGAGGCUGCAUUAUUCUUGAUUUGUACAUUAUUUUCUUGGAACAUGUACGGUGAUAUUACAGUUCUGUAUAUUUUAUGUUUGAUAUUACCAUCAUUUAUUACUAUAAUUAUUAUUAUUAUUACCUCAAAGUGUAUUGUAUAAGUGCCAUUUGUACUUGUGCGUCAUUGUAACUCACAGAGAAUGUCUGUGAUUUUAUUUUCAAUAUAAGGCAGUUAUAAUAAUCAUAUUGGUGAUGGCUUAACAUUUCAGCAUCAAAGUUGUUCAGGUCAGAUCAGGCAAACCAGCUGCUUCCUGUUUUCUGUAUUAUAUUAAUAUUUUUUUCGCAAGCUGGAGAAGUAGCAUCUAAACUUAGUUAUAUUAACCCCUGAGAUGGAGUAGCAAAUGCUAUUUGUCUAUUGCAUCACGUUAAACACUCCUAUUCUGUUUUAGAUAAUAUUUUAUCAGGUUCAGUACUGUACAAAUAUUUCUCAUAAUAUGGUGCUUGGCAACUUUGUUUCUCUGUACAGUAAAUGUUUUCAUAACCUUAAAUAGCUUUGUGAAACUAAGCCACUGCAUUAUAUAUAAUAUAUAUUUCUAAGUUGUCAUAAGGCAAUUAAGUGGCAUUGAUGCACAUGUACCCAAUUUGGUAACACCAUGUGCAUAAGGAUAAUCUAAUCAUGUGGUCUGCGUCUCAGUGUGUGUCUAGUCGAAUUUAGUGUUGAUAUUUUUAUUUCUAGUUACUGAAGCUUCUUGAUUGUAAGGUUAAAGAAAUAACAUAAUUAGGGACUGGUUGUCAUGGUGUGACUUGCAUUAGGGUUGUUUGUUGCUCUGAGUAACAUUGGUUUUAGCAUAUGUUAUAAAUAGUAAUUUAUUUUAUCAGUUCUCUAGUCAAAUAAUAUUACCAAGUUGUAGUUAAAAUUUUGUCAGUGAAUACUCUUCUAAGGUUCAUGAUAUUCACCAAGAAUCUCCACUGGUAUCAGUAACACUCAGAGCAGAUUGAGAUUAUGCAUCACUUUGGAGAAAAUGAGUAAAUUAGGGCACUAUUUAAAGGGAUAAAAUGGUAUUAAAUUAUUAUAUGGAAGACCUUUCCCAGUGAGGAGAUCAUGGUACCCAUGAGAAGUGUUAAAAAACUAAACGUGAUAUUAAAAUGUUUUGAAAAAAUAAUGUCAACCAAAUGGUCAUAAUUUUAUUUAAAAAGCAAUGGUCAGUUCAGUUUGAAAUUAGCAAUGUUUUAGGUCUUUGAGGGAUGUGGAGUUGGAACUGAACUUUUAAGACUGUAAUUUUCUCAGUGCAUCAAUAGAAGCAGAAAAUAAAAAUGUUAUCCUCAA